AGAAAAAUGGCUGAAAUGUUUGUAGAAUGUGUUUUGCUGCAAAGUUGAGUUGAUAAAUCAAUGGUGAUAGUGAAGGGGUGCAGAAAAUAGAAGAAAUAAAAUUUAUUUUUAUGUCUAUCCUUUGACUGUUCUGAAACUGAAAUAAUCUCUGAACAAGUAGUAAUCUUGGUAAGCAGAGUGCUGAAGCAGCGACGAUGGGAAAGAAAAAACCAAUCCCCGUAGAGGACCUUAUAAUACCGCCCCAGGACACACGGAUAUGCGGAAUGAUAUGCAUCUGUCAGCUGACCUUCGUACUGAGUACGGUGGCGAUCGUUUAUCUGACGGUUGCAAUCUAUAUGCCCUCAUCGCGUGCGUUCAAAAGCGGUAUCGACGAGACGCCUGUCAUGUGUACCACUACUAAGGCACUGAAUAAAGAUGCCUGUGAAUGGGGCUCCUGCGGGGAAUGGUGUCUAAGUAAGACGUCCGGUGCCUGCAUUCAGAUCUACGUCCACCUACGCACCAACGGAAGUAGCCUGACGUUUCAAAAUUGCACCAAUUCGGCAAAUAAAACAUGUUACGGGAUUGAUCAAGAAAACGCUAAGAAAGCUCGUUGCAUAGCGGACGAAUGCAAAAAUCUCACGGGAACAUUCAACUGUUCCAUGGGCAUGUGCAUCAACAUUACCGAUGCAUUUGAGUGUGUGUUCAAAAAUACCGACGCACCGCUCAAAUGUUCCGGCAGGCGUGGUAAGAUAACCUGUAUCGACAUACACGGAUUAUUCUCAUGCAAUCGUGGAACAUGCCGAAAGAUAAAAACUCCAUACAAUUGUGACCGCCGUUGUGUGGACAUUCCGACUAGGAAUAAGAAUAUGAUAUUAUUGAGUGGAGAUAAAGUUUAUCUUUCGCAAUGUUCAGUUGCGGUUGAAACGCAUACAAAUCAAGAAAUAUGGAAUGAAGGCGACGGAAAGGUUAUAAUGGCAUCGUGUUAUACGAUACAAAACACUACGAACGGAAUUCAGACUACCGAUUGCGUCAACGGAUCGCUUCUAGAAAAGGACGAACUCACCGAUCUGACCAAUUUUACUUACUUAAGCUAUUUGCACUACGCCGUGUCGAAGCCACUGAAAACGAUUGCACCGCUAGAGCAGGACUUGACCAUAUCAAACGAAUCUGGGCUCAUGAUCAAUUUGGAAGGUUGCGUCAAUACUCUACAGGACGAAUGCAAAGACUUUCUGAAGGAAUACGGAAAGGAUGGAACUGAUCACAAUGCUCGCGCCAGAUUUCCCUGUUUCUAUUCCAAGGCGAACACGGACAAAGUUGUUGCUCGAUUCAGCUUAGAAACUACCUACAAACAGUUUGUCAUAGGAUUUUUUGUCCCGACUAUCUUGUUUGCCGUUUCCUGCCUGACCUUAACGUUCUGCCAAAAGACGAUAUUUAUCGGCGACGACGCAAAAAUGCGUUUCGUCGGUUGCGCUAAUAAACAGUUGCUGGCUGAUGGGUGUGCAGGCGGAAAAGCUAACGCCGAAACUGGCGAUGGUGGUGGAGGUGGCGACUCGGUUAUGGCUCUCUGAGAUCCAUCACGCAUUCCUCUACUGCAAGAAGACAGUCCAGUUCAUCAAUCGGGUGUAUUUUCACUGCACUGAUUUGCGUCUACAGAUCAAUUUUUCUUCUUUCGAAUGAACGAAUAAAUCGUGUUCUAUACAUUUCUUGUUAUUAUAUUGAUUGCGCAACUGAUUGUUCUUGAUUAUGUUGAGCGAAAAUAAGGAACGGAACCAGUUUUGAGCUCCAAAGACAAUAACACAUUUAAGUACCCCUAACUAUUUAAAUAACCACGCACGAACCGUACUACUCCUGCUCUAGGAAGAAACGAACGAAAGAGAACACAACCCCGCUAGAGAAUUCUUUAACCAAACUCCUCACGUACAUCCAUCGACCAAUAUGAUAAGUUAACGGUACCCUGAACUAUACUCCCAGUAAAAUAACUCUAGUUGUGUUAAAACUACGCAAAUACGCUCUAUUUUGAUAUCGAUAUUGUUAAUUCAAGUUAAUGUUGGCUUUUGUGAAGCAAACCGCUAUGAUCUGAAGUUGCUUAUAGCAUCAGUAAGCAUUAAAACGAACGAUGUUUUGUAUUUUGUCUUGUGAAUCGUAUAAACUUUGUUACUACUGAAAUAUGUUUGUAUUAAAUUAGACUCAGUUGAUGUUUGAUUAGUCGCAAACAAUGAAAUUUUACACCACGCAUUGAUAAACACGAGAACUCAGUCAGACACGAAACGUAAGAAAAAGAAAGAAGGAUCCUAAUUGAAACUUCACCGGAUCCACGGAUUGACGCUAGUGAAUCACUGCAAACCAACAGCAGAUAUUUGAAUGAACAGAGGAAUGCGUGCAUUAUCAAAUCUAAAACAGUUUAACAAUGCUUGGAAAAUCUUACAUAGCAAGUAGCGAAUAGUAAAAUUAUCAAUUUAUCAGUAGACAGAGCUUGGUAAAAAAAGAAAAA